AUGCGUUAUUAUCAACAUAUAAUUGUUGCUGCUUUAUUUAUGCAAUUAUUUAUUUCAUGUUGGGCUCGAACAAGAUUUAUACCUGAUCCAUGGCCAGCAUCAUCAUCCUAUUGGCAUGAAGUUGAUGAUAUUUCUAGCAAUGACAACAAUGAUAAUGAUAUAGCUGAUCGAGCUAAUCUUUUGACAAUGAAAGCUAAAAAAGCAUUACAUGGUAAUUAUCCUUUUGGUGGUGAAGAACGACGGAAAAAAUAUCUUGGAGAAUCAGCAAAUUUUCAUGGUGGACAUAGUCUUCAAGGUCUUUGGGCAAUGCCAGGACGACGUUAA